GACCCUGCAUCUGCUCUUUUCUCGCACCCACCACCUCCAACCCUACUAUUACCCCCUUGUCUCCUUCCUUUUCAAGGGAAUGCCGCCGGCCAUUUACUGACCUGACAUCUGCCCUCCCUCACUACGCGAUGUCUAGCCAACAUGCGGCCUCACGUGCUCCCGACCUGGGGCACGCGCAGCACGCCGCGCUCUCUUGGAUCGAACCGGUCGUGAGUCUUCCCAUUCCUCUGCGCGUGACCCACGACAUCGCUGACAUCCCCACCGAUCGUUGUGGCGUCCAUGAUCACCGCGGUCAUCAUCACCCGGAAGCGAGGCUAUCAUAUCAUCCCCUCACGUGCGCGCACCACCUGGAGAAAUGCCAGUCCCGCCGCGGCUUCACGGAGUAGCGAAGACACCCUCGUCGAGCCCGACGACCAGUUGUAUGCCUCGGAGAGUGACGACUCCCUCCUCCGGCAUCCCUCUCCGCAUCCCUCCAAGCGCUCUCCUUCCCGUGUACGUGGCGCCGCCCAAACUGGUCCCUACCGGAAUCACGUCCACAGUCGUAUUCUCCAGAAAUUCCCCUUCCUCAUCGAAAUGUUCUAUUGGGGCCUUAACUACGUCGCCUACCUUUUGUCCAAGGAUGCCGCUGCCGCCUUCCAUGGACAAAAGGGCAAUGCCGUCGUCGAACUCGCGCAGAAACACGGCAUCGACAUUCUGGAUUUCGAGCACGAAUCUGCGUUCAGCUUCCUCUUUCUUCAAGAGAUCUCCGUCCAAAAGUUCUUCUUGCAGAAGCAUGUGGGCAUAAUGAGCGUGUUGAACCAAAUCUACUCGCUCGUUCACAUCCCGGGCACUGUGGCUUUCAUCUGCUGGUACUACUACGCCGCACCUUCCUUCAAUCAGUUCUCCACCGCUCGCCGCACCAUGGCCCUCGGCAACUUUGUCGCCUUCUUCGUCUUCGCCAUCUGGCCUUGCAUGCCUCCCCGGCUACUACCGGAGCGCUUCGGCUUCGAAGACACGGUUCGCCAGGCCCACGCCGAAAGCGUAUGGGUGGGAGAGAAUGGAGAGAGCGGUAACUUCAACCAACUCGCUGCCAUGCCAAGCUUGCAUUUCACGUAUGCCUUGAUCAUUGGCUCUACUCUUUUCUGGCAUUCCGGGUUCUUGCAAUCCUUGCGCGGGAAGCCGAGAGAGGGCAGCUUUUUGGGCAUGAUUGGACUCAUGCUCGCCGGCUUCCUCUACCCCGCUUUGGUACUCUUGGUUAUUGUGGCGACCGCGAAUCACUACUUUCUGGAUGCCGUUGCUGCAAUCCUGUCGGUCCUCUUCUGCUUCACUUGCAACAAGGUGUGGCUGCUGCUUCUGCCGGCAGAGCGCGUGCUCGCACGAGUGCUGCAAGUCGAGAAGCCCAUCCCUACCACCGGCGAUCGAAGCAAGGCGAGGAAGCGAAGAAGAAAUGCCGCGGGGGACGAAGAUGGCACUUUGCAAGCAUAGCCUUGUCUGGAUUUGGGAGCAUAGCGACGGUGUUGGCUUGCAUGUUUGGGCCCAUAAGCGCACACUCUGCGAAUUGGGAGGGAGUUGAGCAUUGAUUGAAUCUGGC